AAUACUGCAACCAAGUCCUGUUAGUCCCGCUCUCUCUUUGGAUUUAUAAACGGGUUGUUCGCAUUUGAGCUGGAACUAAUGGCGUCUUCUUCAUCAUCUCACCAGCAAAAUCGAGAAUCAAAAGUUUUCUCUGGAAUAGAACCUGACGGCAAAAGGAGGAAGGUAGAAGAAUCUGCAACAUUGUUUGAUGUGUUUAUCAACCACAGAGGCACCGAUGUCAAACAAACUCUUGCUACUCAGCUUUACAACUCCCUUGAUCAGUUAGGAAUAUGGGCAUUUCUUGAUAGCGAAGAGAAGGAUCUAGGAAGUUCAUUUCCCUCUAUGAUUGAGACAGCCAUCCGCUCUGCAAAGGUACACGUAGCCAUAUUUUCCCCACGAUAUGCAGAGUCAGCUUGGUGUUUGGCUGAGCUUGUUCUCAUGUUACAAAGUACGGCCAAAAUUAUUCCUGUGUUUUAUGGAGUGAAGCCUAGUGAUCUCCGACACAUAGAAAAGGGAGCAUACGCUGAUGCAUUCCUUAAAUUUAAGGAGAAGGGCAGAUAUCUGGACAAUAUUAGCGAGUGGAAGGAAGCCCUUCAGUCUCUUUCAUUUAUAGCCGGAGAAGAAAUUAAUAGCGAGUGGGAUUGCCAAAAUAUAGGAGCAGCUGUGCAAAAAGAAGUACGGAGGAAAACAUCUUUACACGUUGCUGAACAUCCAGUGGGCCUUAACAAUCUUGUGGAAGAUUUUGAAAGGCGAUGCCUUGAUGAACUUGUACAAGAUUUUCAAAAUCAGUGCGGGCUGGAAGACAGGAAGCAUAAGGGUAGGGUAGUUGGCAUAUUUGGCAUGGGAGGGUGUGGGAAAACAACUCUUGCCAAAGAAUUGUUUAACCGAAAGAAAUCAAACUACUCUGGAGCAAGCUUUUUGUUUGAUGUGCGAGAAGCGGAUUUGAGGUGCGAAAUGCCUUCUUUGCAAAGUAAGCUUCUUAAAGAUCUCUUCAACGCAGAUCACAACUUGCUGAAUACAGAGGAAGGAGCAAGUUAUCUGAAAGAUAGUCUACAAAGGAGCCCCCAUUUGAGUUUCUUAAUUGUUGUAGACGACAUCGAUAAUGUGGAGCAGUUAAAUGCUCUACAGAUCAUGGAUAUAUUGAAUAAAUCAGAUAAUAGUCUGAUUAUCGUCACAACCCGUGACGUUGGAGUACUUGUAACAGCAGGAAUUACUGUUGCUUAUAAUUUGAAAGGAAUGGGUAGAGAUGAUGGCAGAGAACUAUUCUGUUGGCAUGCCUUCGACAGACCCUAUCCGGAGAGCGAGUAUGAGGAGUUGGUUAACUCCUUCGUAGAGUUGUGUGGAGGGCUACCUCUAUCUCUUCAAGUUCUGGGCAGGCAUGUUCAUGGUCGAAAUGGUAGUUAUUGGAGGUUAGAACUGAUUAAAGUUGGUAAGCUGCUUCCUCGGGACGUGAAGAAAAGGCUGAGAAUUAGUUUUGAUGCAUUGGAGAAUGAACAAAAAGAGAUUUUCAUGGAUAUCGCUUGCUUUUUUAUAGGCAAACCGAAGAGUAUAGCAGAAAGAGUCUGGGAGGGAUCAGGAUGGAACCCUCAGCAUGCACUGGAAACACUCAAAGAUAAGUGUCUUUUAGAAAGACAAGAAAUUUUGAAGUAUGAAGGACCUGUACUGAGAAUGCAUGACCACCUGAGGGACUUGGGCAGAGAAAUGGCAAUCGAGUUCAGCCCUCCACAUCGCCUGUGGCGUCCUCAAGAUCUGAAAUCCUUGGAAUCAAAGGGUUUCGACAACAUACUCGCCAACACCAAUUUCAGGUGUUUCCAUUCCAUUUUCGACAAGUCCAUGGGCUCUCAAGUUACAUUCUUUUUAAGCCAACCGAAAAAUUGUUCUGAGAUGUCAGCUUCCUUACUAUGGCUUCAGCUUCAGCCCAAUUCCACAGAACAACCAAGCAUCCCUUCAUGGAUUCCUCUUCAGAAUUUGCAGUGUUUGAAAAUCGAGCACGGACAAUUCAAAAAGUUGUGGAACGAUAGCAUACAGGCACCGUCCGAGUUGAAAGAGCUACAACUUUCUCAGACCUCUUUGAAAGAGUUUCCAGAUUUAUUAGGAAUAUCAAAAGACAGUUUAGAAAAUUUGUUAGAAAAUGGGGAAGAGUCUAGUAUAUCUAAGGCCUCGAUGAAUAGCCUUGAAAAGCUAGAGAUAAAGAUCAGCGGUGAAAAAUGUGUAUCCAAGAUACUAAUCAGCAGUACUGAUUAUCCCAACCUUAGGUCCUUGAAACUUCAUGGCAUGGAAAAUCUUAUGGAAGUGAAUUUAAUAAGGGUAGAGAAAUUAAGUUGUCUUGAUAUUAGGAAUUGCAGAAAACUCAAAACAUUGACAGGAACAUCUGAUCUGAAAAAUCUUGAGCUGUUACACGUCAGUCAAUGUCCAGACCUCGAGUUUGAGUCCUUGUGUCUCAGGGAUAUGAAGUGUCUGAAGAGGGCAAGUUUUGGUAAGCAUGUGAAGCUGAAAACUUUUGAAUUGUAUGGUUGCCAAAAUUUAAAAACAACAGAGUUUUCUUGUGAAAAGCUUGUAGAUUUAAGCAUUCGGGACUGUCCGAAGCUUAAGAAUUUGCCAGAUUUAAUAGGUCCAAGUUGCCUGGAGAGGAUUCUAAUUGAUGGAUGUGGGAAGUUCGAAAACCUUAAAUUGGAUGGUUGUCGAAAUUUGAGAAGUGUGACAGGUAACUUUGAGCCAACAAAGUUGUACAUCUGUGGCUCUCCUCAGCUUAAGGAGUUGCCAGUUCUCGCCACGCUCACCAGUCUGUCUAUAAAAUGUUGCAAAGAUUUGCAAAGAGUAUCAGGAACUGGUGAUUUUAUGGAGCUUACUGAGCUGAUAAUUAGUGAGUGUCCUACGCUUGAGAAGUUGCCAAGUCUUGCGAGAUUGAGCUUCAUGGAGAAAUUUAUGAUCGAGUCUUGUGAGAAACUGCAGAAUAUAUCAGGUAUUGAAGAGUUGAAUGCAUCCGAAUAUAUGAGACUUUGUUAUUGCAGCAAUGCAGUAAUAUGGAAUUGCAUUCAUAAGUUAAAGAGUGUGCCAAGGAGAAUGGAUAUGAUUGCAAGAGCGGCGCAGGGAGCUGAGUCACUUUUAAACGAGUCUCUGUUUUCUGACGCUCGUAUUGACGCUCAUGCAGUCACUGACAUCGUUCAAUUUGGUGCUGAAAACAGUGAUGACGAGGACAGUGACGAUGAGAGGAGAAAUGGGAAAGUAUUGAGUGCAGUUUUUGUAUGUUUUGUGGUCGAGGUUGAUAGCUUUACUUCAGUAAAUGAUAUAAAUCAAGCACUUCCACAGAAUGCGUUCAGACUUGAGGUGCGUGAAGGAGGAUGGAUAAUUACAAUGGUAGAGUCUGAUGAUUGGGGCCACUCUUCUUAUUGUAAGAAAGUUUCAGAUGUUUUGAGGAGGUAUGGAGUGAUGAAAAAAGGGUUUCGAGUGGAGCUGAAGAAAUAUGAAGAGUCGAAAAGUUUGGAAGUUUUACAUAAAAUUGUUGAUAAGCUACAUCAUGGGUGCAGAGCGAUGGUUUUGCGGAGAAGAAGAUAAUGUCACUUAUUCAUUAUUAUCAGUUUAAAAAGAGAAUUUUAUUUCCUAAAUUUGUAAUGUGUUAGUAGAACACAGCUUCAUUUUGGUAUUAUGCAAGGGAAAUUUUGUAUUAUUA